AGGAGAUAAACUGCUUCUGGAGCCCCUUGACAAAAGUGAGAAAGGUUCUGAUGCUCUGUCUGGAAGGACCAUUGGUAGUCAUGAAUAGAUGAGCUAUACUCCUGAACAUAACCACUAUAACACUGGCAUUCCUGUUCAACCUCCCUCCGCCGUGCUGAGUUAGAUGUCCUUCAGCUAUACUCCAGGAGGGCUCUAUGGACAGCUUAUAUGAGCCAGUCCCAGAACAACAACCUCACCAAGAGGGAACUUCUGGUAGAACUGAUUCUCUUUUCCCACCCUCUGGGGAAAAUGGAAACUUACACAACAAUCUCUUCAUGGAAGUUUCUCAUUUUGAGAAUGCAAAACCAGAAAGAAAGUCAAUCCGGAGAUCUAUGUCUGAAAGCAAAGUAUUUGAGGGAAAAACUGUGAAUGACACAACUUGGCAGGAACCCAGCAAGCCUGAGAAUGAUUCCCACAUCAGAAGACUCUGUCAGCUAAAAGAUCUAAAUGAAGAUGAUUUUCUUUUGAGUAAUAAUAGACAUACUCUUCAAGGAAAAAAACUCCAAGGCAUUUCUUAUCAGGCCAUAAAAUCAGGUGAUGACCCCGCGGAAUCCAUGGGCACCUUAAAGAGACUACAGAAAUUGGUUUGGACCAAGAAAGCCAGGGUGCCGAGUCUGAAUGAGAUGAAACCUACAUCAAUAAAUCUCCAAGAUGAAGAUGAAACAUUGAUUUCCUGUAUGAAAUUAGCCAAAUCCCAAGAAAAGAGAGUUAAUAACGUUAGUACAAGGAGGAAGGAAGAAAUGGAGAUUAGAUUGGAUUCUAUUUCUGCAUCACUGGUUAGACCCAGUACUUCAACUGGAUGCAGCUUGGCCAAAAUAUUAUCCCACAGUGGAGGUGAAGUUCAGAUGUGGAAAAGCUGGAAGCCUUUCCCAGAAAACCCGCUGUGGACAUAUGUUGAUUUCCAAAUUGACCGGGUUGGACCCUGGGACAACUGUUUCCACUGCACUCACCACCCACAUCUCAAGUCUUCUUGUACAGAUAUGGAUCUCCCACACUCAUGGCGCAGCAGCAGUUUUGGGAAUUUUGACCGUUUUCGGAAUAAUUCCAUAUCAAAACCAGAUGAUUCAACUGGGGUACAUGAAGGGGAACGCAUAAAUGAAAGUGAAGAACAAAACAAAACUUCAAAUAAUGGAGGAAGUUUAGGUAAAAAAAUGAGAACUAUUUCCUGGACAAUGAAGAAAAAAGUGGGUAAAAAGUAUAUCAAAGCCCUUUCUGAAGAAAAGGUAAGUGUCCUCUUUCCAUUUACAGCUAUUCAGGAGCGAGAAAAUGAAUCCAUGUCCCUAUUCUUAAGCCCAGACAUCUCCUUAAAUAAGUCACAGUUAGAUGACUGCCCAAGGGACUCUGGUUGUUAUAUCUCAUCAGAAAAUUCAGAUAAUGGUAAAGAAGAUCUGGAGUCUGAAAAUCUGUCCGACAUGGUACAGAAGAUUACUAUCACAGAGCCAAGCGACUGAAUACAUAUUAUCAACUCUACAUCUACAAAUGUGUUCUAUUUUAACUCUUCUUGAGCUAUCAAUAAAAGAUCAAAAAGGAGAGGAAGGGAAGUAUUUGCAGAUACAACCUGAAGUUAAAAUGUUUUAAUAGGAAUGAUUGUACAUAAAAGCUCAUAUCUCUAAUGUUCCCAAUUAUUGUAAAUAAUAUGUAUAUUUAUCAUUUUAAAUGCUACGUGUUAAUAUUUCACUUACCUGUACCUGUAUCAGAAAAAGGAUAGCGUAAGUUUUUGGUAUGUGUGACAUAAGCCUUAUUUAGCUUUAUUUUAUAAGUGCAAAAUAAUUCUGCAAAAAAAAAAAAAAACAUCCUUUUUUUAUACCUGCCAGUUUUGAAUUUGUGUAUAUUGUUGAAUGACUAGUAACAGAGCGUGUGUCUGUUUAACUAAUUGUCCAAGCAAAGUGUGAGUUAAUACUGGAGACAUUUUAUCCUGAUCCACAGUGGAGUUUUAGUAAUUAUUUUUUGUUGAUUUCUUCACUGUUAUCUGUAUGAAAGUAUAGAUAAUGAUAUAUUGUCAAUUCUGAUUUAGUAAAACUAAUUUUAAUAAUUGUACAUAUUUUUCAUCUUUAAGUGUAAAUAUUUUUAAUUUUGAA